GGAGGAUAAAACCCAUCAACCGUUAAAAACAAGGAAAGCUAGCUGGGAACUGGAGAGGAUCAUAAUGUAUGCUAGCCACAAUUUUAACUGCUCUUUUCUCCUCCUCCUUCCACUAUCAUUCGGCACCAAACAAACCAAACCACCAAAGAAGUAAACGAAAUCAAGUCAGGUUAUCUUUUUCCAUGAUUUGUUGCAGCAGCAGCAGUCUAGCAAUCCUCGGUACUGCUUCAAGAAUUGAUGGUACUGUUUCAAGAACCCAAACUCGUAACUCAUUAUCACUAUUAUCUCAUUCUUUCCAUCUCCAAGUGAAUGUAAAUAGGAAACAUCAGCUAUUUAUGAGGAGGAGAAUAAGCAGAUGGUGCCGUGUGUCUCCAAAUGCCUCCUCCUCUCUUGAGCUCCCUCUUCUUCCUUUUAACACGAACGAGGUUCUAGUUCCAUCUGAGAGUAAAACACUCCAUCUAUAUGAAGCCAGAUAUCUAGCUCUGCUCGAGGAGGUAGUCAAAAUGGUCAUGCUACCUUGCACGCGUUUGUUUAUCUAGCUGCUUUUAUAUUCACCUAGUUAUUUCUAUUUUGUUUGCGGGGGAAGGACAUUGCAAGCUGUCGACCUUUGGUGUAUAGAUGAUCUGAGCAUCUCAUGUUCAAGCCUUUUGAGUCUUUAUUAAGAAAGAAGCUGUUUGUGCAUUUUGUGUUGGAUCCUAUUCUCAUUAGCAACUCAGGAACUGAAGCAUCCUUUGCUGCUAGAUAUGGCUGUUUAGUCAAUAUAGAAAAUAUCGAACGCUUAGAUGUUGGAGCAUUAGUCUCCAUAAGGGGAAUUGGCCGCGUCAAGCUUUUGAAUUUUGUACAGUCGGAACCUUACCUGAAAGGUGAAGUCAUACCACUGCAGGAUAGGUUUAUUGGUGCAAAUGAAAUCAGCUCUAAAGUUAUAGCAGUGAAGGACGCUCUUCGCAGUUUGAAUAGCUUGGAAAUCAAACUAAAGGCUCCCAAAGAGGAAUUGUUGCAAACCUGUAUUGCAAACUCUCUAACAUGGGCAGAGAAGGAACCGUCCCUGGAAUGUGAUCAAUCUUUCAUCCCAUCUCCUGCUGAGCGAAUAUCAUUUGCAGCAUUCCAACCUAUUACAAGAUCUACACAAUCUGAAACACUCAAGUUGCAGCAACAGAAGUUAAGAGCAAUGGAUCUGAAAGACACGCUACAAAGGCUGGACAACUCACUAGAUUUAGUGAAUGAGAAUAUCUCCAUGGUAGCAGCCAAGCUUGCUAUUCAAUCAUUAGAGAUGCAGUAAGCAUUGGUGGAGAUUAGUUACUGUUGAUGUACAGUUCAUGAUGACAUGAUAGAACUGCUAUUCUAUUGAUAUUGUAGCUGUGUUUUUCUUAUUUUGCUUCAUUUUUCUCUCUUCUUACUGCAUUUUUAUCUUCUCAAAGGAGAAAUCUUAAGUAGUUUUAUUUUUUAUAUAGCAAACUCUCAUUGUCCAUAAUAUUGUAAAUCAAACUAACACAGGCCUUGGUAUGGCAGGAUCUGUUGUUAUAAUGAUAUGAGAGGAUCUUAAUCUUCAA